ACAGAGCCUCCUCCCUCAAAAUUACGUUGCUGUGCAUGACCCAUCCCGAGUCUCACAGUUCAAGCUAAUCAUUGACAGGGCUUUACAAUCACAAGCUUUUACUGAAGCGUUGAUAAGACAGUCAGGAGCAGUGAGUGGCAAAUGAGGCUGAGCUGUGCGGCAGGAUCUCCAGGGAAUGAAUGGAUUUUCUUCAGCGCCGAUGAAAGAAACAUACCCUACAGGACAACAAUGUGCAGCCGGCGACUGCAGAGAUCUGUCAUCUUGUCAGCAUUUAUCUUCCUACGAUCUGUUAUUGGAUUCCCUGGAGACGGAAGAGCUGUAUGGUCUAAAAAUCCUAAUUUCAGUCCGGUAAAUGAAAGUCAGUUGUUUCUUUAUGACACUUUUCCUAAAAACUUUUUCUGGGGUGUUGGGACUGGAGCAUUUCAAGUGGAAGGGAACUGGAAGAAAGACGGAAAAGGGCCCUCUAUCUGGGAUCGUUUCAUCCAUACACACCUUGAAAAUGUCGACAGCACAAAUAGUUUUAGUGACAGUUACAAUUUUCUGGAAAAAGACUUAUCAGCGCUGGAUUUUAUUGGUGUCUCUUUUUAUCAAUUCUCAAUUUCCUGGCCAAGGCUUUUUCCUGAUGGAGAAGUAGCAGUUGUCAAUGCAAAAGGUCUCCAGUACUACAAUCGUCUUCUUGAUGCUCUGGUACUUAGAAACAUUGAGCCUGUCGUGACUUUAUACCAUUGGGAUUUGCCUCUGACUCUACAAGAAAAAUAUGGGGGAUGGAAAAAUGAAACCAUGAUAGGCAUCUUCAAUGACUAUGCUACAUACUGCUUCCAGACCUUUGGAGACCGUGUCAAAUACUGGAUUACAAUCCACAAUCCAUACCUAGUUGCUUGGCAUGGGUAUGGGACAGGUAUGCAUGCCCCUGGAGAGAAGGGAAAUUUAGCAGCUGUCUACACUGUGGGACACAACCUGAUCAAGGCUCAUUCAAAAGUUUGGCAUAACUACAACAUCAAUUUCCGGCCUCAUCAGAAGGGUUGGUUGUCAAUCACGUUGGGAUCUCAUUGGAUUGAGCCAAAUAGAUCAGAAAACACGAUGGACAUUCUCAAGUGCCAGCAGUCCAUGGUUUCUGUGCUCGGGUGGUUUGCCAACGCUAUCCAUGGGAAUGGUGACUAUCCGGAAGUAAUGAAAAAAAAGAUGCUCUCCAUUCUGCCCAUUUUCUCUAAAGCAGAGAAAAAUGAGGUUAGGGGCACAGCUGAUUUCUUUGCUUUUUCCUUUGGACCCAACAAUUUCAAGCCCCAGAACACCAUGACUAAAAUGGGGCAAGUUGUGUCACUGAAUUUAAGAGAAGUGCUGAACUGGAUUAAAUUGGAAUAUGGCAACCCCCGAAUUUUGAUUGCUGAAAAUGGCUGGUUCACAGAUAGUCAUGUGAAAACAGAAGACACCACAGCCAUCUACAUGAUGAAGAAUUUCCUCAACCAGGUUCUUCAAGCAAUAAGGUUUGAUAAAAUACAAGUGUUUGGUUACACUGCCUGGUCUCUGCUGGAUGGCUUUGAAUGGCAGGAUGCUUACACCACUCGCCGAGGAUUAUUUUAUGUGGAUUUUAAUAGUACACAAAAAGAGAGGAAGCCCAAGUCUUCAGCACUUUACUAUAAACAGAUCAUACAAGAGAAUGGCUUUACUUUUAAAGAAUCCACACCAGAUGUGCAGGGCCAGUUUCCCUGUGACUUCUCCUGGGGUGUCACUGAGUCAGUCCUGAAGCCGGAGUCCGCGGCUUUCUCCUCACAGUUUAACGAUCCUCACUUGUAUGUGUGGAAUGUGACUGGCAACAGACUAUUGCACCGAGUGGAGGGAGUGAGGCUGAAAACACGGCCAGCUCAAUGCACAGAUAUUGUCAGCAUCAAAAGACAACUUGAGAUGCUGGCACGAAUGAAAGUCACCCACUACAGGUUUGCUCUGGACUGGCCCUCAAUCCUUCCCACGGGUAACCUGUCCGCGAUCAACCGACAAGCUCUGAGGUACUACAGGUGUGUGGUCAGGGAGGGGCUGAAGCUCAACAUCUCCCCCAUGGUCACUCUAUACCAUCCGACCCACUCCCACCUGGGCCUCCCCAGGCCGCUGCUGCACAGCGGUGGGUGGCUGAACGUGUCGACAGUAAAAGCCUUCCAGGACUACGCCCGGCUGUGCUUCCAGGAGCUGGGGGACCUGGUGAAGCUCUGGAUCACCAUCAACGAGCCUAACCGACUGAGUGACAUCUACAGCCGCACGAGUAACGACACCUACAGGGCAGCCCACAACCUGCUGAUCGCCCAUGCCCUCGUCUGGCACCUCUACGACCGGCAGUACCGGCCAGCGCAGCGCGGGGCCCUGUCUCUGUCUCUGCACUCGGACUGGGCGGAGCCCGCCAACCCCUACGCGGACUCACACUGGAAGGCGGCCGAGCGGUUCCUCCAGUUCGAGAUCGCCUGGUUCGCAGAACCCCUCUUCAAGACCGGCGACUACCCGCUGGCCAUGAGGGAGUACAUCGCCUUCAAGAACAGGCAAGGGCUGUCGCGCUCCACACUGCCUCACUUCACCGAGGAGGAGAGGAGGCUGGUCAAGGGCGCCGCGGACUUCUGCGCGCUGAACCACUUCACCACCAGGUUCGUGAUGCACGCGAGCCAGAACGGCAGUAGCUACGACGCGGACAGAGACGUCCAGUUUCUGCAGGACAUCACCUGCCUGAGCUCCCCCACCCGCCUGGCCGUGAUCCCCUGGGGAGAGCGGAAGGUGUUGAGGUGGAUCCAGAAAAACUACGGCCACGUGGAUGUCUACAUCACGGCCAACGGCAUCGACGACCAGUCUCUGGAAAACGAUGAACUCCGAAAAUACUACUUAGAGAAAUAUAUUCAGGAAGCUUUGAAAGCAUACCUGAUUGAUAACAUCAAAGUCAAAGGCUAUUAUACAUUCAAACUGACUGAAGAAAAAUCUAAAUCCAGAUUUGGAUUCUUCACAUCUGAUUUCAAAGCUAAAUCCUCAAUACAGUUUUACAACAAACUCAUCAGCAACAAUGGCUUUCCUUCUGAGAACAGUAGUUCUAGGUGCAGUCAGAAUCAUAAGAACACAGAGUGUGCUGUCUGCUUAUUUCUUAUGGAGAAGAAACCACUGAUAUUCUUUGGUUGUUGCUUCUUCUCUACCCUGGCACUACUUCUAUCAAUUACCAUUUUUCAUAAGCGAAAGAGAAGAAAAUUUUGGAAAGCAAAGAACUUACAGCACAUACCAUUAAGAAAAGGUCAGAAGAGAGUUCUUAGCUAAAAUGAUGUUUGUAUGACAUUUAAAAAACUCACUCCAGUUCUACAUACUGGCAACAUACAGAGGAUACACCUACAAUGUUCAAAGAAAAUUUGCACUAUUCAUGGUAAUCAAGGUCAUGACAAUCCGUAUCUCUGCUGUAUGGUUCAAAUGAAUUUUCACUUAGAUAUUAUCAAUUUAUUUUUUCUGAAGAUCAAGGCUUUGCAGAGUAAGCUUUAUGGACUAUGUACUAUACCGCUUCAUUAAGUUUAAAGAGUAUUUUUGACUAUUCUCUAGCCUUCUUUAUAAAUACAAUAGGCAUGUAUAAUAAAAUUAUUUUGAAAAGGUAUACUUUGCUAGCAAUUGUAACAGAGACUUAAAAGUUAACACUGGAUCAUUAGUGAUAUUGUCACUUUUAACAAGGUGCUUUCUUCUUUUGGUCAAGGUGGUUCUCAAAAAGGGAAUUAAAAACAUAAUGGAGUAAAUAAUGCUUUAUCUAUAGCCAGUUAUAGCACUCUAAAGCACAACAAUCAUUUUACUGAACAGAAUAAAAGUAUAUCAUUUUAUGUACAUCAGAUUUUGUGAGACUCUCCUUUAAUCAGAUCUAGUGUUUUAAAAAAAAUCUCCUAAAACUCAUUUCAUGGUAAGAUUAAAGAAUUAAGAACUAGAUCCAAUUGCCUUUGAAAGCAGGGAAGUUACUUAGCCUCAAUGCAGCAAUUUCCUUUUCAGACAAAUAUCACUCUUCUACACUUGACUUUUUUAAGAUUUAUUUGUGCAUACAGGUCAGGGGUACAGGCUAAAGUUGCAGGGGCGGUUAGAAGAUUC